CCAGCGCGAACUUUGUCCUGAAUCUGAGGGAAGUUGGUUUUAUUGAAGGCAAACUUUAUGGCGUGUUAUUAAUUAUUUAUUUGUCUCAUAUGUUGUUCUGUAUGCGUAGCUCGUAUUCAGUAUAUAGUGUUACUGUUGUAGAGGAAGCACUUAAGUUUCAAACUCCUUUUCAUCGAUUACAAUUUGCCCUGUUUAUCCCGGACUCGAGCUAUUGGUUUCCUCAUGGCGAUUCCAAACCACAAAGUUUCAAAUGGAGGGGUGUCACAAAAAGUUCUCACAUUGGAGACAAUGAAUUCAAACAUUAAGAAAGUGGAAUACGCCGUACGCGGGCCCAUAGUGGUACGGGCUGGUGCGAUUAGAAAAGAAUUGGAACAGGGAGUAAAGAAACCUUUCACUGAAGUAAUCUCAGCUAAUAUUGGAGAUGCACACGCCAUGGGACAAGCACCCAUCACUUUUUUACGACAGGUUGUAGCAUUGUGCGUUUACCCGGAACUUUUAAAAUCAACCGAGUUUCCCGAUGAUGCAAAACAACGAGCCCGGAGAAUCCUUGGUGGAUGUGGCGGGGGGUCCAUUGGGGCUUACUCUGCAAGCCAAGGUGUCGAACUGAUAAGGAACGACGUGGCCAACUACAUUGAGCACAGAGAUGGAGGGUUGAAGGCCGACCCCAAUGAUAUCUUCCUAUGUACUGGUGCAAGCGAUGGGGUGGUGGCAAUGUUAAAGCUACUUGUAUCUGGUGAAGGAAAGAACCGAACGGGCGCAAUGAUUCCAAUCCCUCAAUAUCCGUUAUAUUCGGCCACUUUAGCUGAACUUAAUUCUACUAUGGUGCCGUAUUACCUCGAUGAGGACAACAAUUGGUCGCUUGAUACUGCGGAGUUACAGAGGGCGUUGGACGAGGGAAAAGGGGCGUGUCAGCCACGAGUGUUGUGCGUCAUUAAUCCUGGAAAUCCAACCGGGCAAGUCCUUAGUCGGCAGAAUGUGGAAGAGAUCAUUAAGUUUGCCAAGAAAAACAACCUUUUCUUGAUGGCAGAUGAGGUGUACCAAGACAACGUAUAUGCGGAGGGAUGCGCUUUCCAUUCGUUCAAGAAAGUUCUGCAUGAUCUUGGACCAGAAUACAACACCUCCGUUGAGCUUGCAUCCUUCCACUCGAUAUCCAAAGGUUACAUGGGGGAAUGUGGUUUCCGUGGUGGUUACAUGGAGACCGUGAACCUUGACCCAAAAGUUAAAGAACAACUUCGUAAACUUGUUUCGUGUAGACUUUGUCCACCAGUUACCGGCCAGGCUGCCCUGGACAUCGUGGUCAACCCACCUAAACCUGGUGAACCAUCUUAUGAACAAUUCACCAAGGAGAAAAACAAUGUAUUGGGAACAUUAGCUGAAAAGGCGAAGCUAACGGCUAAUAUGUUCAACUCCAUACCUGGUGUCUCAUGUAACACUGUACAGGGAGCCAUGUAUUCCUUCCCAAGGAUUACAAUUCCUGAUAAAGCAAUAGAAGCUGCAAAGGCGAAAGGACAAACCCCUGACGAUUUCUACGCCCAUCAAUUGCUGGAAGAGACGGGCAUUUGUGUUGUUCCUGGAAGUGGGUUCGGCCAAAGACCUGGAACUUAUCAUUUCAGAAUGACGAUUCUUCCACCGACCGAAAAAAUGAAAUCUCUCUUUGUCCUCUUCCGUGAUUUCCACAAGCGAUUCACCGAUCAAUACACCUGAUGCAACAAUAUUGGGUUUAUCAACAUAUCUAAAUAACUUUAGUUUGUUUCACAGAAAUUUUGGUCUAUAAAUACGUACUUGACGUUAUUGCAGUCUAACAUGUAAUUCACUUCUGUAUUUCAUUAAACAAACAUUACAUUUUGCCUAAUAAUUUUAGACGAAUUAUUUGUGUUAGCUUUCACAUUUUCAUUCAUUCUUAACUUUUAGCUUCUUUGUUGGCAAUCAAAUCUAUCUAAUUUACCUUUUAGAUAUUUCCUCUAUAUUAGUUUACUUUAAGCUACACUGCGAAAUGAAAUCUCAACACUGCAACUUAUUAAAUUUACGCAAAGGUGACGGGUUCAAGGCUCUCCUGUGCUACCAUUGUAGGCGUGUAUGUCCUUGUGCUGAUUUUUAACGGUAAUUGUUCCAAUUCCCCCUAUAAAUACCCAUCAAAGUUACAUACGUUGUAACUUAUAAGCGGGCACGAGGUGUAUGACACAGAACACCCGUGUUAUAACGACUGUCGUUGCCCCACCAUGCGAGGAUAAAUAAGUUACAUACGUGGUAACUCGUAAGCAGGCACGAGGUGUAUAAAACAGAAAACCCGUGUUAUAACGACUGUCGUUGCCCCGCCAUGUGAGGAUAAAUAAAUUACAUACGUGGUAACCCGUAAGCAGGCACGAGGUGUAUAAAACAGAAAACCCGUGUUAUAACGACUGUCAUUGCCCCGCCAUGCAAGGAUAAAUAAGUUACUUUUAUCCAUUCACUGCAUUUUCCUUGAAUGUUUUAUUAUUUGGUGGGUGGCGCUUUGGUUUUAAUAUAUUCAAACACAUCACGUUAAUUCGCGUGAGUGUGAUUGCCGCAAGCUUA